ACCAGUUGUAUGGGUAUGAAACAAAAUGGCGGCACCCAUACUGAAGUGGAAGCGGGUGACAAAUACAACAGGUCCUGCUCCAAGACCUCGACAUGGUCAUAGAGCAGUUUCUAUCAAAGAUCUGAUGAUCGUCUUUGGAGGAGGCAACGAAGGAAUUGUGGACGAACUUCAUGUUUAUAAUACAUCCACAAAUCAAUGGUUUGUACCACCAGUAAAAGGAGAUAUACCACCUGGUUGUGCAGCCUAUGGAUUUGUUUGUGACAGUACAAGACUCUUGGUUUUUGGGGGCAUGGUGGAGUAUGGUAAAUACUCUAAUGAGCUGUAUGAACUUCAGGCCAGUCGGUGGGAAUGGAAAAGGCUUAAGCCGCGUCCACCAAAGAAUGGAUCACCUCCAUGUCCUCGUCUUGGCCACAGCUUUACUCUUAUUGGCAGUAAAGUUUACCUGUUUGGAGGACUUGCAAAUGACAGUGAUGACCCAAAGAAUAACAUUCCCAGAUACUUGAAUGAUCUGUGUACCUUGGAACUGAAACCCUACUCUAGUGUUAUGACAUGGGAUAUUCCUCAAGUGUAUGGCCAGCCUCCACCUCCACGAGAAUCUCAUACAGCUGUGGGGUAUUACAGUUUUGACAACAAGCGCCCCCGUCUGAUUAUCUACGGUGGUAUGAGUGGGUGUCGGCUUGGCGAUUUAUGGCAAUUGGAAAUAGAUACAAUGCAAUGGCAUAAGCCCUUGGUGCACGGCAUACCUCCACUUCCUCGCAGUUUGCAUUCUGCUACUUUGAUUGGUACCAGAAUGUUUGUCUUUGGAGGCUGGGUCCCCCUAGUGAUGGAUGACAGCAAAGCAGCAACCCAUGAAAAAGAAUGGAAGUGCACAAACACUCUAGCAUCUUUGAACUUAGAAACAAUGACAUGGGAGCCCUUAGCUAUGGAAGUGUUUGAAGAUGCUGUACCUAGAGCUCGUGCUGGCCACUGUUCUGUUGCAAUCAAUAGUCGUUUGUAUAUCUGGAGUGGACGAGAUGGUUACAGAAAAGCUUGGAAUAAUCAAGUUUGUUGUAAGGACUUGUGGUAUUUGGAAACUGAAAAACCACCACCACCAUCUCGUGUUCAGCUUGUAAGAGCUUCAACAACAACAUUAGAAGUAUGUUGGGGAAGUGUUCCAACAGCGGAUGCAUAUUUGCUCCAACUUCAAAAAUACGACAUGCCACCAGUUACAAGUGUUGCAUCAGCUGGAGUUAGCCAGACUACUCCAACCCAGUCUGCUCAGCCAGUCACUGCAGUGCCUACUACUCCAUCUCAGCCUGCACCGUCUCCAGUAAUGUCAACCACUUCAACACCCCCAACCACACCUGUCAAGACCCAAGUUGUCUCUCCAGGUGUAGCUGUUACUCCACAACAAACUCUUCUGCGACCUCUAACUCCACAACAUUCUCCUAGCAUCCAACCUUCUUCUCCAGUGACUCAUCCUUCUGUUCGUCUCCCGGUUACUCCCACAGCAGUCUCAACUGUUCGAGGUGGCACAGUGACAGUGGUUCGUACAAGAGCACCUGGAACUGUGGGAACACAGCAAAUACGAGUAGUUUCAGCUGGACCUGGUGGAACCCAGGUUGUUAGGAAAGUUGCUGCUGUGACCCCAGUAACAACAGCAGUAGUAGUCACCAGUAUGAGUGGGAUGGCAGCUCUUGCAGCAGCUGCAGCAGCCACUCAGAAAAUUACUAUGACAACGACACAGACAACCCCAUCCCUUAGCAACAUAAGAGUAGUAUCUCCAUCUGUUCUCACUCCACAAGGUAUAAGGAAUAAUGCAAUGAAUGUGCAAGGUACUCAGUCAUUACGAACUGCAAACCCUGCAAAUGCAACUAUCUUGAAGACAGCAGGUGGUACUCCUGGUAAACAGAUCAUCACGGUUCACAAGUCAGGAGCUACAUCUAGCCAACCACAAAUAGUUACAUUAGUGAAAACACCACAAGGUGUUACUGUGGCAACUAUGCCAAAAGUAAGCUUGAUUCAAGGAAAGGCUGGUACCAUUCAAGGACAGUUGCAGACAAAGACAAGUAUUCCUCAAGGAGCCACCAUUGUGAAGUUAGUGACAACACAGGCUGGUGGUAUUGUUGGUAAGCCGAGGACAGCAGUCAUCACUACACAGGCUGGGACAGCACAGCCUACAAUUCUUGGAAUUUCAUCAGUUUCACCACAGGGAACAAUUCAAACUCAAAAGAUGUUAAACACCAUUAUUCGCACACUGCCAUCAAAUGUUCUGUCUGUUGCCAAACCUGGAAGUGCAGUACCAUUAGGUUCAACAACCACUGGUAAUGUACCUAAGCAGACCAUUGUCAUUGCAGCACCUAAAGGAAGUCAGCCAGGAACACCAGCUAAGAUACUGACCACUGUACCAAAACUUUCUUCACCUUCAUCACAAAUCAUAGUAGUUACUACUCAUGCACAGCUGAAAACAGUGACAGCAGGGGUGUCUACUGCUGAAGCAGGCAGAGCUCGAGCAGGAACCUCCACAGUUAAUGUUCUUCCAGUCUUGUCUGGGGCUCAACUGAAUACGGUGAAUACCUCAGGGGGAAUAAAGAUGAUUGUGGUUUCCUCAGCUGGAAUUAAUGCUGGUCAGCAAGCUAUUACCAUUCUUACUACUGCUUCAUCUUCUGCAGGAGUACAAGGAACAUCAACAGUUACAUCUCCUAUCACAAUCACCAUGCCAAGUUCUGUUCUCCAAAGUGGAACAAAAACAGCAACAGUUGCACUACCUGCUAAAAGUGGCCCCAGCACUGUUCAGCUUACUGCUGGCCAGUCUGGUGGCUCUCAAUUAAUAGCUGUUCCUGCACAAGGAAUUCUGCCAACAGGAAGUCAUGCAAUCACAUUGAAAGCAAAGUCUGGAGCUACACAGAAAGUACUCACCAUUGUCACUACUCAACCAUCUCUUGGAAGUGUUGCUCAGGAACUCUCUGGUAACCAAGCCAGUCCUGCAGUUUCAGUUGUCACUACACGGGCUUUAAGUGGGCUUCCAGUGUCAGCUAGUGGAAACACAACUAAAGUUAUGAUAGUAUCAGCUCCAACAGCUGGCAGUACCUCACCAACAGUAACCCAACUUCCAGAAUCCCUUGAAGGUGCUGGUGACAUGGUAGACCAGAAAACACUUGCAGCAGCUGGUCUUGAUCCCACCCAAGCAGCUCAGCUUAUAGCAAGUCUUGUGUCUGGUACAGGAACAUCAACAGUAGAGAUGCCUUCACAACACUCGUCUUUGCCUAUGGAAACUGAUGAUUCAUUGGGCACACUUGACCAGUCUACAAUGUCCCAUAUAACGGGACAGGAGGAAAUGGAUACAUCAGAAUCUUUUGAAGUCCAUUACACUCAGAGUGGUGAUGCACUUAUGAAUUCCCUUGACUCAAGAGCAAAAUUGCAGACUGAUGGUAUAAACAUUAUCAAUGGAGAAGGAUAUGUCCAGUUGUCUUGUACAGAUAGUCAGCACUGUGAUGAGGGCCAGCAGUCUUGUCCAGAUGAGGCAAAUGAUUGUUCUGAUGGUAUUCACUGUGGUGAAGGAAAUGAAAACACAGAAAAUCCCGGUGGUGAAGAAAAAUGUACUGAUGGUUUACACUGUGGUGAGGAAAAAGAAUGUACGGAUGGUUUACACUGUGGUGAGGAAAAAGAAUGUACUGAUGGUUUACACUGUGGUGAGGAAAAAGAAUGUACUGAUGGGAAACACUGUGGUGAGGAAAAAGAAUGUACUGAUGGGAAACACUGUGGUGAGGAAAAAGAAUCUACUGAUGAUAAGCUAUCUCUAACAGAUAGUGAAAAGGGUCAAAACAUAUCUGCAAGUGAGGUCAAAGAUGAAAGUAGUACCACUGCACCUAAAGAAGUUUCAACCAGUAAUAGUUCAGUACAGAAAUCUACUGAUUCUGAGACACAGGGAAGUAUACAGUCACAACUCACUUUAGAACAACCAGGGGCAAUGCCACCUGCCCAGAUGUGUGCAGAUGAUCCAGAAGAACCAGCUGUAGGCUCAACAGAAACGAAUGUUGCCUCACAGGAGGCUAAAAUCUCCAUGGCAACCUCUCAAGAAAACUCUGAAACUGAGAUGGAAGUUGACUCCACUACACAGGCUAGUGCAGAAAGUUUAGGUUCUGGUCAGUCACUGUCUGAAACCUCUCAGCCUAUGGACACCUCAGAAGCAGUCCCAUCAGAAAUGAAAAACUCAUCGAAAGAUCACUCAGAAAUCUCAAACAUACAGUUAACUCCUAUAGUGUCAACCACAGUAGGAACUGUUACACAGCCUGAGAUACCUUCCACUCCAGUGUUGUUUAACCAACAGUCAUCUUCUGAAAACAGUGAAUUAGCUGAGUCCAGCAUACAGACGUUACCUUUAACUUCAGUUCCGAAAACAAACAGUUCAGUGCCAUCUGCUGUGGUCUCAAAUCCAACAUUAGCUAAAACAGAUUUAUCCAGCACAGAAACAGUGUCUACUACAACCACAUCUACUACAUUAAUGUGUGGUACUGAAGAGAAAACAUCAGAACCAGCAGUUAUGGAUACAUCUGAUCCUCUUGCUACUCUUGCUAGUGCUGCCAUCUCAUCUGCUAGUAAUAUGACCCAACCAGGAGACAUCCCAGUCAAACAGGAAUCAUCAAAAGAUGAAGUCUCAGCUACUUCUAGUGUACCAACUGAAGCCCUUUCAACUCCAGUUGUCAAACCAGAGCCAUCAGAAAACAAAACAGAUCCUCCAGUUUCAGAAUUAACUCCUAAAGUGGCAGUAAAACGAGACAAUCAGUGGUAUGAUGUUGGGAUCUUCAAAGGGAAUUCAUCACAGGUUACCCAUUUCUACCUACCUUCUGAACAGUCUGAGAGAAAAGAAGACGAUAUAGAUGUGGUUUCUAUAACCAACCACUCUAUGCUCAAGAAGCAGGAAUUGCUGCCAGGAACAGCCUACAAGUUCCGUGUAGCUGCCAUUAAUGCUUGUGGCCGUGGUCCAUGGAGUGAAGUCUCUGCUUUUAAAACAUGUCUGCCUGGUUUUCCAGGAGCACCUUCAGCUAUCAAAAUCAGUAAGGGAGCAGAUGGAGCACACUUAUCAUGGGAAGCUCCACAGAAUACCUCGGGAGAAAUCACCGAGUACUCUGUUUACCUAGCUGUGAGGUCAGCUACAACAGGUGGUCAAGGAGAUGGAGCUAAGACCACAGUUACAUCUAACCCUUCCCAACUUGCCUUUGUGAGAGUAUAUUGUGGCCCUAAGGCUACUUGUACAGUUAACAACAACAGCUUGGCUUCUGCCCAUGUGGAUACAACCAUGAAACCUGCCAUCAUCUUCAGAAUAGCUGCUCGCAAUGAAAAGGGAUAUGGUCCUGCCACUCAGGUUAGGUGGUUGCAAGAUGGUGCUCCUGCUGCAGCCAGAAACUCUGUUCCUGUCAAACGACCAGCUGGGUCACUAGAAGGAACUUCCAAGAAAGUGAAGAAUGAAUAAGAAGUAUCAGUGAUCUUAAUCAUCAUUUUGUCUGCACCCUGGGACCCAGUCCUUUGUACAUUUAUUGAUUUUACCUUGGGGCCCAUAAAGCACGGUGUACAUUUGAAUUGGUGGUUUUUACUACUCCCUUGUGUCCAUCUUACAUGAUUGGAUUUUUGCUGCAAGUUGAUGGUUCAUAAAUCCAUGUUGGACUAAGCAGCUCUGUUACCUGUCUGCUGUAACCAAAAACAAAAUGUAUACUUCUCAGCUGCAUUUGUACUUGUAUGGUCAUUGAACUGCUUUAUUUCUGAAUAGCAUUUUGUACAUGAAAACCAACUCUCUUUGAUUAGUACAUGAUACUCAUGUCACAAAAGUAUCUGAACUUUGAAAAAAAAAAUGGUUUGAUCUUUAUUUUUAUUCCAGUUUUAAGAGCCAUCAAUUCUUGUGUGUAAUGUCUGUAAAGUUAAUUACUUUCACCCCAUUGAAUACAUAAGAAUCAGUUGGAAUAUAUCUUUUGAAUAUUCCAUACAUAUACACUGUAUGUUGGAAGAAAUGAGUCUUUUGAUGGUUAUAUAAAAAGAGAAGAUUUUGUACACAAAGUUUUUACCAGCAGUUAAAGAUGACAGUGAAUUUGAAAGUAAAACUAAGUGGCUGAAAGGAUAGGAAUGAAAGCCAAAAAAAGAUAUCUGGCAAUGUUAUGUCAGAUUCUCUUUACCUCUUCCUUUGUAAUCAUAAGAUUGGUUCCCUGAGGCAUGUACAGUUUUCAUUUUUAUGUGUCCUAUUUUGUCUGAAUGUCUUUGGUCCCAUUAUUAUAGUGAGUGUCAUAAUUUUAGGUUCAUAAGCUAUCAUAACAGUAUACAAGUCAUGGUCAAUCAUAGGGUCAGAUGUUUGUUUUUUAGAGUAUGAUUCCAUCAUAAACUUUUCAAACUUUUAUUUUGCAAUAUUUCAUUACCAUAACUAAAUAAUAGCUUUCAAUGGUAUAAAAUCAAUGUUUUCUAACAUUCUGUUGUAGGGCUUUUAAUGCCUGAGAAAAGCUGUUUUUUUUAACAGUUUUAUGGUGAGGGCUGUUUUAUUUUAUUACCUAAUUUCUGUUUCUACUAGCAACCUAAUAAAAUGUGUAGAAACCUUCCAAAGCAUUGAAUAAAAAGAGUUAAAACUGAUAGGGUUUCUAGGUUUUUUUCAGUCCCAUAAUUUUAAUUUAUUUUUGUUUACCAUAUGGAUGUGUAUUAAGUAAAAAUACAAUUCCAAGAUUGAGAGUUGUGUUUCCUGAGUAGCUGUAUUGCUGUUAGGAAUGAAUACCACAGUCCUUAAUUUAAAAACGUUUUAACCUUUUUUAUUAAUAGUGUGAAGCUAAUUUUGUGUAAAUUAUUAACACACAGAGAAAAUUAGAAAUCAUUAAUUAGAUUAUUCCUCAAAUUUCACAGGACCCUUCAGUGAAGUUUACAGAUAAUUUUUGUAGUAACCUAAAACCAGUAAGUGCAGUAGAUUUUAUUAGGGAAGAUUAUACUGUUGUAUAUGUUAUAAUUAUAAAGUGUAACAAUAAAAGUAAUGGAUUCUAUUUCCAUGUCACAUAGUUAUUCAUAAUAUAUUUGAUUUAAUGCAAAUAUAUUAAAUGACGUGACAAGAAUUUAUCAAAAGUAUAAUAUUUUUAUUUGUUUUAAUAUAGUGGCAAAUUUGUUCUACAAGCAGCUCUUUGCCAAGAAAUAGCUAAAAGUAAGCUGCACUAACUUUGACAGUAAUAACUUUUGUCAUUAUUAGUUUGACAUUAUUUUUAACUCGGGGUGAUGCUUGUGUUUUUAUUAUUACAAGUUUUUUUUUUUCUUGGUAUAAUUAUCCCAUUCAGCUUUUAUAUUUUCCUCAGAUGUGGAAAUGCAGUUUUGUAAGAUGUUAAUGUUUAAAGUAAGUGCAGAGGUGUAAUUUUUAUUCCAGACUUUGUUAAUUAGCUAUGUUCAACUUUCUAGCUGUUAUGGCUCCUUGUAUUUUUGAACUCAAUUACUUGUUACUUUUUAAUGAAAAUGCAGGAUCUAAACAAUAAUUUCACUGAAAAAAUGCCUGAAUACUAAAGUUUGAAAUAUCAAGUACCAGUACAGAGAGUGUUUCUGUAAGGCUUGCAAUUUUGUGUAACAAAUGUGUCAUAGUUGUAACAGUAUGGUCUAAUAUAAAAGGCCUCAGUAUUCUAAAUGAUUGUCUUAUUUUGCAGGCUUGGUACCUGCUAUAGUUUAAAGUAGGUUGAACCUUGUGCAGAAGUGGUUUUCUUGCAUAUUAGUACUUCUGUCACUUUGUGAUGUUGAUACCCACAUUAUCAUGUUAGUCUUUAUGUUGUGCUUCAUCUUUUUUUUUUCUUUUCGUGUGUGUACCUUUUUUCUGUACUCUGAAUAAAGUAAGCUUUUAUGAAACUGUUAA